AAUUCAUUCACACUCACUCAGUAGUGAUCAUGUAGCCUGCAGUAUUUACUCUUGUCCGAGUUAUACUCGUUAGUAUUGCAAUUGCACUUUUAUCUUUCAGUUUCUAGGAAGAACUCGUUUUUAUUUUAAGCUUUGACUCGUCUUGAGUCUGGUCUGUAUAUAUUUUAUGUGAUUUAAAAAAAACCUGUUUUAACUACUGAAAUGGACAUAAACACUCGAGUAGCCGCAGGUCGAAAUGUUUUGUGUUUGUUUGACGUGGACGGAACGCUGACGCCUCCCAGAGAGAAGAUCGUCCCUCAGCUGGAUGAAUUUUUCCAGGAAUUACGAAAGAAGGUGAAGAUCGGAGUGGUGGGUGGAUCCGAUUAUUCCAAAAUUGCAGAACAACUUGGAGAAGGAGAUGAAGUCAUCUACAAGUUUGAUUAUGUGUUUGCUGAGAACGGCACAGUGCAAUACAAAGACGGCAAACUUCUCUCCAAACAGGCCAUUCAGAAUCAGUUAGGAGAAGAACUGCUGCAGGAUCUGAUAAACUUCUGUCUCAGAUAUAUGGGGCUGCUGAAACUACCCAAGAAACGAGGGACCUUCAUUGAGUUUCGUAACGGCAUGUUAAACAUCUCACCCAUUGGCCGAAGCUGCACGUUAGAAGAGCGAAUCGAGUUCUCAGAAGUUGACAAGAGAGAGAAGAUACGAGAGAAGUUUGUUGCAGCUCUGCAGAAAGAGUUUGCAGGAAAAGGACUGCGCUUCACUAGAGGAGGUUUGAUCAGUUUUGACGUCUUUCCUGAAGGAUGGGAUAAACGUCUCUGUUUAGAGUUUUUAGAGCAGGAGGGAUUGGACACCAUCUACUUCUUUGGCAAUGAAACAUCACUGGGUGGAAAUGAUUAUGAGAUAUUUGAGGACCCUCGAACCAUCGGCUUCACUGUUUGUUGUCCCGAAGAUACGGUUCGGCUCUGCAGAGAGAUGUUUUUUAAAGCUCCGCCCAAUGAGGCGUGAUAGCUCCGCCCCCUCACCUGCACGAGUAUCUGCAGCUCUACAGCGCCCGCUGCAGGACAGUUUGAGUACUGCAGAGAUCUGCACACACCACUACUGAACAUCAGACUGACUGAUAACACAUCACUCAUUAAUGAUGAAGUCUUCAGAUCCUCCAGUGUUGAUGAAGCGAUGCAUUUUAAUUAUUUUGUGAUCAGUUUUGUGCUCUGUGACAGAUGAUUGUAAGUUGGUUUGUCAUUGUUGACAUGUGAGAGAUUAUCGUUGAUUCAUCGUGACAUCAGACGAUUUUUAAUAUUUUUUAGAUGGUUUUGGGAAUCUUUUGGUAACUUUAGUGUUUGUUUACAAGAACAUGACCUGGCAGAGAUCAUUCACGACUGUUUUUAUCUGGUGUCUGUAAAAUAAUGUGCUAAUGUCAGAGGGAUGUAUUGUGUUUGUUGAGGUACGAGGUAUAUAGUCUGAGACGGAUAUUUAUGAAUGAAAGUUAAACAUGAAAGUCUGGAUACACUGCACUAGUUUUCAUUUGUUUAUACCCAAAAAAUGCAGCAUGAAGUUCAAACAACUUAGUUUUGCAUGCUAAUUUAAUCUACUAUUUUAAGUUUUGACCUGUGAUUAAGUUAACAGAAUAAGUUGAAGUAGCAUAAAAAGUUAAGUUGAUUUGACAAUAAUGCUGCAUUUUUUAUUAACUCACAUAUACGUACAGGAGAUGCACAUCUUAUUAUAAAAUCAGUGUUCAUCUUAAUGUUUUGAAACGGGUUCAGUGCAUAUCAGAAGUUAAAAUGUUUUAAACUUCACAUAGGAUCUUAUAAAUAUGGUGCUUUAGAUACUGAAGAAACUGAGUCUGUAGAUCAAAUAUAAGGGCGUUUGUUUGAUCUUUUUAUCAUUCCAGAAACAUCUCACACACCAUUUACAGUAUUCAUCUAUCAGUUAUGUUUCAUUAUGAAAGAAAUAUUGAUGAUAUAAACAAACACACAUUGAUUCUGUGUAAAAUAACUCUGAAUGUGUUUAUCAGAAUAUGAAGAAAUUCAAGCAAAUCAGAUUUAUAUUCUUCAUUAUAGAUGACUAAAUCAUAUUUCUCUUACACAUCAGUAAAUGAGGUUUUAACACUCCUGACUCUAAUGCUAUUAUCAUGUGUAAAUAAAUGAAAUGAUUGUGAACAUGACUUCAUUCAUAUAAACAUUUGUUAUAAAUAAAUAUUUGUAGUAAAUUGC